UUUUUCGAAGUCCUCCGAGUGAAUCAGAUUUCGUUCCGGUUUUCCACUUUUGUUGGGGGAUGCGGGAAGCCGGGGCACGUGGCUAAGCUACUAACAGGUUCGGAUCGCAGUUCCCACGCGGGUUCGUAUAGAACCCGAUGCACUGCCCACGCGGGUCAGAAAACCCUAGCAGAACCCUAGCUCCCAUCUUCCCGCCCAUUCUCGUGAGAAUUCCCAGCACGGCAUUUAUCAUUGUUAAGCAUGUGAAACAGCAAGCGAUUGGUAUUUCGGAUUGCCUGAUGAAGAUGAUUCCAAUAAUUUGAGCUCCUGCUCCUAGAGUGUGUACAGAAUAAAAUUGUUGUCAAGGAUGGUGAUGAGUUGCACAAGAUUGCUGAGGCGCAUCAGCAUCACAAAUGAGGCAGCUCAGGUGAUGGGCAUCAGAGGGUAUGCAGUAGCUGGUGGCAAGACAAAGAAGGGCUCAAAGGGUGGUGGUAGUGGUGAUACUCCCACAGCUUCUGUGCUAACUAAAGAGCUGAAGAGCACCACGGUGUUUGGAGCCAAUAUUCUAAAGGAUGGAGCUGAUCCCAAGAUAAUGCCGGACUCUGACUACCCUGACUGGCUAUGGCACUUGCUGGACAAGCGUCCUCCAUUGAGUGAACUGAGGAGAAAGGACACAGAAACUCUUUCUUUUGAUGACCUGAAACGUUUUGUUAAACUCGAUAACCGGGCAAGGAUUAAAGAAAAUAAUGCUCUCAGGGCCAAGAAUUAAUUAUAGAGGCGCGGACACUUUUUCUUUCAUACUUUAUAUCUGAUGAACUUCCAUAUUUCCAUUUUGAGUUUUGAGGCCCUUAAAAUUCUCAAACAAUGAAAGUUUAUCUCCACUGUCUUGUAAAAGAAUCUUGCGAAUUUUGAGGUGGGGUGGGGUGGGGAGUGGCGGGCGGUGGUCAUUAUGUUAACAGAUUGUGAUGAAGCUCAUUGCACUUACAGCAAGGUGUGGAGUCCUCCUAAGCUUUCAAAAGUCUGCAUGUCAGUAUGUCUAGAAUGGGUGCUGAACUGUCCAACGUCUGCAAAUAACUAGAUGAAUGUUAAUAUGAAAUCAUCAAUAUUAGUUUUAUUACCA